AUGAAACAAGAAUCAUGUCGAAAAGAUAUUGAACGUGCAUUCGGAGUUUUGCAAUCGCGUUUUGCAAUUGUUGCAGGUCCGCCACGUUUUUGGAGAAGAGAGGUCCUACAUGAUAUAAUGACCACAUGUAUUAUACUGCACAACAUGAUAAUUGAGGACGAGCGUGAUCUUAAUGCACCAAUUGAAGAUGCACGUGAGUGUCCAGCUACAACGGUAGAAAUGGUAGUAGAUGAAGAUCACCGAUUUGAACAAUUUUUAGCUCGACACAAAACAAUUAAGGAUAAAGAUGCGUAUUUCACACUUCGUAAUGCAUUAAUCGAGCAUUUAUGGGAGAAUAGAGGCGAAAGUUAA